CCUUUUUUUUCCCGUGAGAAGUGAAGUAGAGGAGAGGUGGGGGGGGAAAAAAAAAAACCCCACACGCACGGCAAGCACGGAGCCGCCCCCCGGCACAACGUACAGAGGGCGAGCAGAGGCAGGGAUAAUUCCUUCUUCUUCUUCAUCAUCAUCAUCAUCUUCAUCCUCCUCCUCAGCAUCCCGCCAAGUGUGAGGGACGGGGGGGGGCUCAUGCCACCUGCCCCCGCGCCCUGCGGGUCGGCGGAGCCCCAUAGGAGCGAGCGGCGGCAGCGCUGAGGAAGGAUGGCGGACACGGAUCUUUUCAUGGAAUGCGAGGAGGAGGAGCUGGAGCCAUGGCAAAAAAUCAGCGACGUCAUCGAGGAUUCCGUGGUGGAGGAUUACAAUUCCAUGGAAAAAAAUUCCACAGGUGGGAACGCCGCCGUCCAGCCGGGCGGGCAGUCCCUGCUGCUGGCGCAGAGUGGGAACGCCGCCGUCCAGCCGGGCGGGCAGUCCCUGCUGCUGGCGCAGAGCCCCGCGCCCGGCCUGGGCGCCGUGGUGACGCAGCCGCUGCUGCGGCCGGUGCAGCUGAUGCAGAACGCCAACCACGGCACCAACCCUCCCGCGGGCACCCAGCCCAUCUUCAUCACCACCCAGGGAUUCCCAGUGCGGAAUGUCCGGCCCGUGCAGAGCCCCAUGAACCAGGUGGGCAUCGUGCUCAAUGUCCAGCAGGGCCAGACUGUCCGGCCCAUCACCCUCGUGCCAGCCCCGGGGACGCAGUUUGUGAAGCCGGCGGUGGGCGUGCCGCAGGUGUUCUCGCCGGUGGCUCAGGUGCGAGCGGGCAGCGCCGGGCCCGGCCGGCCGGCCACCAACGCCUUCGCCACCGUCAUCCCGGCCACGCUGACCCUCCGCAGCACCGUGCCCCAGGCCCAGGUGCCCCAGCAGAUGAGCAUCGCCAGCUUCGUGACGGUGAAGCGCCCGGGCGUUCCCGGCGACGGCUCCGGCGGCCCCGAGGUUGCCAAGCUGGUGAACACGGUGGGCACGGUGCCCUCGCUGGCCCCCGGCCCCGCCGCGCUGGCCGCGCCCAACUGCGGCCCCGGCGCCGGGCAGCAGCGCGGCAACGCCGAGGCCGCCGCGUCCUCCGCGCCCAGGAAAGGCAGCGCCUCGCCCGUGGCCGGGCUGGAGCUGCAGGACGGCGGCCGCAAGGUCUGUCCCCGCUGUGAGUCCCAGUUCCGCGUCACCGAGGCCCUGCGCGGCCACAUGUGUUACUGCUGCCCGGAACUGGUGGAAUUCCUGAAAAAACGCAAAUCCCUGGAAGCCGAUCCCGCCCCUCCCUCUGCCCGAGCCCCCUCCCCAUCCCCGGCACCGGCACCGGCACCGGCACCGACCCCUCCCAAGGCGGCUCCCGAGGGCUCCGAGCCCGGCGCCGACCCGGCCCAGGCCAAGCUCAUCAUGCUGGUGGACGAGUUCUACUACGGGCGCGACGGCGGCAAGGGCGCGGCGCUGCCCGCCUGCCCGCGCGUGCCGACCUCCUUCCGCUGCCCUCACUGCACCAAGCGCCUCAAGAACAACAUCCGGUUCAUGAACCACAUGAAGCACCACGUGGAGCUGGACCAGCAGAACGGCGAGGUGGACGUUCACACCAUCUGCCAGCACUGCUACCGCCACUUCAGCACCCCCUUCCAGCUGCAGUGCCACCUGGAGAACGUGCACAGCCCCUACGAGUCCAGCACCAAGUGCAAGAUCUGCGAGUGGGCGUUUGAGAGCGAGCCGCUCUUCCUGCAGCACAUGAAGGACACCCACAAACCCGGGGAGAUGCCCUACGUCUGCCAGGUGUGCCAGUACCGCUCGUCGCUGUACUCGGAGGUGGACAGCCACUUCCGGCUGAGCCACGAGGACACGCGGCACCUCCUGUGCCCCUACUGCCUCAAGGUGUUCAAGAACGGCAACGCCUUCCAGCAGCACUUCAUGAGGCACCAGAAGAAGAGCGUGUACCACUGCAACAAGUGCCGCCUGCAGUUCCUGUUUGCCAAGGACAAGAUCGAGCACAAGCUGCAGCACCACAAAACCUUCCGCAAACCCAAACAGCUCGAGGGGCUCAAACCCGGCACCAAGGUGACGAUCCGCGCGUCCCGGGGCCAGCCCCGCUCGCUGCCGCUGGAAUCUUCCCACGGGAUGGGCCCGGAUCCGGCUCCGCUGGGAUCCUCCUCCGACCCCCAGCCCCUCUUCCUGUGCCACCGCAACGCGCCCCGGAGAGCCGGCAAAAAAACGUGCGGCCUGGGCCGGCAGACGUGUUUGGAGUGCAGCUUCGAGAUCCCGGAUUUCCCCAACCACUUCCCCACCUACGUGCACUGCUCCCUGUGCCGCUACAGCACCUGCUGCUCCCGCGCCUACGCCAACCACAUGAUCAACAACCACGUUCCCCGGAAAAGCCCCAAAUAUUUGGCUUUGUUCAAGAACUACACGGCCAGCGGGCUGAGGCUCUCCUGCUCCUCCUGCCUCUUCGUCACCUCCGAGGGCGACUCCAUGGCCAAACAUUUGGUGUUCAACCCCUCCCACGAGUCCAGCAACAUCAUUGUCCAAGGCCCGUCUUGGAUAUCACAUUCCAGGCACAUCCAGGACACUCAACCCCCCUUCCCACCCCACUCCCCUCCCAAACCCCAAACCCCCCAACAACCCCAAGCAACCCCAACCCCUCAAGCCCCGGAAAACCCGGAUCGCUCCCCCACCCCGAACCCACCGGCGAGCCCCCAAAAAGAACCCGAAACCACCAAAAAAGAGCAACUUUCCGUCAAAAAACUCCGCGUGGUUCUCUUCGCCCUCUGCUCCAGCACGGAGCAAGCGGCCGAGCAUUUCCGGAACCCUCCGCGCCGGAUCCGCCGCUGGCUCCGGCGCUUCCAAGCUUUCCAGGACGACCAUCCGGAACUUUCCGAGGGGAAAUACCUCAGCCUGGAGGCCGAGGAGAAAUUGGCCGAGUGGGUUUUGACCCAACGCGAGCAGCAGCUGCCGGUCAACGAGGAGACGCUUUUCCAAAAAGCCACGAAGAUCGGGAGAUCUUUGGAAGGAGGAUUCCAGAUUUCCUACGAGUGGGCGGUGAGGUUCAUGCUCCGGCACCACCUCAGCACCCACACCCGCCGAGGAGUUUCCCACCCUCUUCCCAAGGAAAUCCAAGGGAACGCCGGAGCUUUCAUCGAGUUCGUGCAGCGCCAGAUCCACACUCAGGAUCUGCCGCUCUCCAUGAUCGCCGCCGUGGAUGAGAUCUCGCUUUUCCUGGACGCGGAAGUCUUGGGAAGCGACGAGCGCAAGGAGAACGCGCUGCAGACGGUGGGGAACGGAGAGCCCUGGUGCGAGCUGGUGGUGACGGUGCUGGCCGACGGCGGCGUCCUCCCCGCCCUGCUCAUCUCCAGGGGUCACCUCCCCUCUCCCGCCGCCGUUCCCAAAUCCAUCCUGCUGGAAUCCAAGGAGGACGGAUGCGGCGACGACGAGAUCAUGGAAUUGUGGGCGGCCAUGGUGUGGAGGAAACACACGGAAUGCCGAGGAGGAGGAGGAGGAGGAGGAGGAGGAGGAGCUUCCAAAGGGAUGUUGGUCCUGGAUUGCCACCGGACGCAUCUCUCCGAGGAGGUGCUGGCCGUGCUCAGCGCGGCCGGAACGCUUCCGGCGGUUAUCCCGGCGGGAUGCAGCUCCCGGAUCCAACCUCUGGACGUCUGCGUCAAGAGAUCCCUGAAAAAUUUCCUCCAUAAAAAAUGGAAAGAACGGGCCAAAGACCUGACGGAUCCCGACUCCUCCGCGCUGCUCCAGCUGCUGCUGGGGUGGUUGGGAGAAGCUCUGGAAAUCCUCGGGAAUUGCCCGGAGUUGAUCCGGAAAUCUUUCCUGGUGGCCAGCGUCCUGCCGGGACCGGCCGGAAAUUCGGGAUCGCCGCGGCGCAACGGCGACGAGCAGGAGGAGCUGAUCGCCGCCAUGGAGGAGAGGCUGAGAAUCGCCAAAAGCGGGGAAUCCUCCCCGGAAUUCCCGGAAAACGACGAUCCCGAGGCCGAUCCCGAAAUCCUGCACCGGCUCUUCGAGGGGGAGAGCGAGGUGGAGUCGUUCUACGGAUUCGAGGAGGCGGAUUUGGAGCUGAUGGAAGUUUGAGGAAUUCCCGAGGUGGGGGAAAUAAAUUCAAAGAAAAACCAACAAAUCCCAUUCAUCCCGGAAAUGCUGAGGGUUUGGAAAAGGUGAAGGAAAAGCGGGAAUCGAAGGGAUGUUCCCGGGUUUUGGGCCUGAAAAUUGAAGGAUAUUCCCAGGCUUUGGCCACAAAAAUGGAAGGAUAUUCCCGGUUUUUUUGGAGAUCCAGACUCGACCCACAAAUUGAAGGAUAUUCCCAAUUUUUUGCCCCCAGAAAUUUAAAGGAUAUUCCCAAUUUUUUGCCCCCCCAAAAACUGAAGGAUAUUCCCAAAAUUUUGCCCCCAGAACCUGAAGAAUAUUCCAGGUUUUUGACCCCAGAAAUUGAAGAAUAUUCCCGGUUUUUGACCCCAGAAAUUAAAGGAUAUUCCUGAUUUUUGGAGGUCCAAAAACACCCCGAAAAUUGAAGGAUAUUCCUGAUUUUUGCCCCAAAAAAUUGAAGGAUAAUUCCCAGUUUUUGCCCCCAGAAAUUGAAGGGUAUUCCCAGUUUUGUCCCCCAAAAUUAAAGGAAUAUUCCCGACUUUUUGAAGAGCCAAAUACCCCAAAUUUUGGGGAACAUUCCCUAUUUUUGGAGGUCCAAACUCACCCCAGAAAUUCAAGGAUAAUUCCCAAUUUUUGACUCCAAAAAUUCAAGGAUAAUUCCCAAUUUUUAACUCCAAAAAUUCAAGGAUAAUUCCCAAUUUUUAACGCCAAAAAUUCAAGGAUAAUUCCCAAUUUUUAACUCCAAAAAUUCAAGGUUAUUCCCAAUUUUUAACUCCAAAAAUUCAAGGAUAAUUCCCAAUUUUUAACGCCAAAAAUUCAAGGAUAAUUCCCAAUUUUUAACUCCAAAAAUUCAAGGAUAAUUCCCAAUUUUUAACUCCAAAAAUUCAAGGAUAUUCCCAAUUUUUGACUCCAAAAAUUCAAGGAUAUUCCCAAUUUUUAGCCCCAAAACAGAUGACAUUCCCAAUUUUCUGAACAAACAGACGAGAUCCCAAAUUCCCAGCGGAUUUUUGGGAUUUGGAAUUCCAGAUUUGCCGUUUCCGCCGAUUUUUUCGGGGAGAAUUUUCGUGGCUUUUUUUUUCUUUUUUUUCUUUUUUUUCCGAUUUUUUGAUUUUUUUUAAAUUUAAAAAUG